AGCCACUUUAGAAACAUUUUGGACAACAUCACCUUUCGAAAUUUUUGUAUUAAAAUUUCGAAAUUCCAAAUUUUGCAGUUAAUUCCACAACAUGGCUAAUAUCAGAGAGCUGGCGCCAGAGCUGAAGGAGGUGGCGCGCACGCAGCUAAAUGAGAUCGAUGAGAACAUGGCGGCGCUGAUUGAACAAAUGCGCAACUGGAUCAAUGAGCAAGACUAUCUGACCGCACGCACCGAUGAUCAGUUCUUGGUUGCAUUCCUGCGCUUCUGUCACUGGGACGUGGAGGAGGCACAGAAGCGCAUAUUGUUCUAUUACACAUACAAGACCAAGGAGCACGAGCUGUUCAAGUCGCGCAGCAUAGACGAAAAGCUCUACGAGUUGGCCAGAACGGGAAUUUUCGCAACAUUACCAAAUCCCAUAGGUCCCGGUGGCCCGCGUAUACACUACACACGCAUGGGACACAUUGAGACUUCCAAGCACAGCGUCAGCGACAUCUUUCGCUUUCAUGCAUUCCGUUCCGAAAUUGAGAUCAACACAGACGACAAUUGGAACAUUGCUGGCGUCAUUGAAAUCAUCGAUUUCACAAAAAUCCCCUAUUCACUUAUGCUGCAGUUCGAUGCGGGCAUGUUCAAGCGCAUGAAUGCCUUCCUCGAGCAUGGCAUACCCACGAAUUUAGUGGCCACGCACAUUGUGCACGCCUCGCGAGAAACUCAAUUUGUGCUUGGCCUGGUGCGGAAUGUAAUGAAGCAGAAGGAACUGCUGCACAUACAUUCCAAUGUGGACUCGCUGGCGCGUGCACUGGGUAAGGAAUAUCUGCCAACAGAGCUGGGCGGCAACAACAGUUCGCUCAACGAUGCCCCAGCACGCUAUGAGGAGCAGCUGAAGAGCUUCGAGACUUACUUCAAGGAGGACGAACGCUACAGAGUCGACGAGAACUUGCGUGAGGCCUGUGAGAAGCAGGCGCGCACCACCAUCGUGUCUCCUGUCACCACGGAAGGUUCGUUUCGCAAACUGAACUUUGAUUGAGGUCGCGGCUCAAGCGCAGAUGCAGAUGCAGAUACAGAUGCAGUCCCUGUUGCAGAUAACUAGUUGUAUAUCCAGAUUGCACAUACAACAAACAAACAAACAAACACCUCCUCCUCUCUCUAUACAUAUAUAUUUAUAUAUACAUUCUACUUAAUUGUAUGUAGUGCAGAGCUAAAGUGAAACAUUGGUCAUAGCAGAACCUGAUAUUUUAUAAAAAUUCAUAGAAAGCAACAUCGAACAUAAAUUUGAACAAGAUUAUAAUGCAAAAAGAAAAAAGUAAAUGUAAUUUUAAUGCAAAGUGCACACACACUAAAGAAGAAACUUAAACGGCCAUCAAAUGGCAACAAACCUCAUGAAAGUCGAUUAUAAUUUAUUGUUCUUAUCUAACUGCAUACAUACAUACAAACAUGACAAGCAUGUGUACAUGUUACCCCCCUGCUCAUUUCGGAAAGGUCUUCUAUAUUUUGUACUAUGCUAAGUUGUUGUUGGCUUUUAAGUUAAGCAUCGAUACGCACAUACAAAUACAUGCAUAUAAAUACAUA